UUUCCACUUUCAACGGAAACUACCCAUUUCCGCCGCAGAACACUGUUUUGUAAUAACGGUUAUAUGAUAUCUAACACCUAAAAUCUUCCACGUUCCAUUGACAUUCCCAUGCUCCUUCACCACAAAACACCCUCAUAUAGAUAGAUUCCAUUUCCAAACAACAAGAAGAAGAUGGUGGAACCACCCAUCACCAAUUUUUUCAACUUUCUCACAGAUGAACUCAUUUCCAUGAUCCUUGACCAUCUUCACGAUGACCCUUUUGCGACAAAAUCAUUCUCUCAAGUUUGCAAGUCAUUCCACACCCUUGAAUCCACACACCGCACACAACUCAAGCCACGUCGCCUUGAGUUUCUUCCAAGAAUCAUUCAUCGCUACCCUUUCAUCUCACACCUUGAUUUCACCCUUUGUCCUUGUGUAGAUGAUGACAUGUUGAACACUCUUUCACUGGCUUGGAACUCUUCCCUGCGAUCCAUUGACCUUUCAAGGUCGAGAUUCUUCACACACGUGGGGUUGUCUGCUUUGGCCUUGAACUGCACGUGCUUGGUUGAGAUCAAUUUAUCUAAUAGAACAGACCUCACUGACUUGGCAGCUAGGGAAAUUGCAGAAGCUGUGAACUUGGAGAGGUUGUGUUUGGGAAGGUGUAAGUCAAUAACGGAUUUGGGAAUUGGGUGCAUAGCUGUUAAGUGUAGUAAGUUGAAGCAUGUCGGGUUGAGAUGGUGUAUUGGUGUCACUGAUUUUGGGGUUGGUUUGAUUGCUAUAAAAUGCAAGCAGAUUCGGAGUUUGGAUCUUUCUUACUUGCCGAUCACGGAAAAAUGUCUUCAUCAUAUCCUCCAAUUAAAACAUCUAGAAGAUUUGGUUCUUGAGCACUGCCUUGGCAUUGAUGAUGAGGGCCUUGCAACCCUUAAAGCAAGCUGCAAGUCGAUGAAGAUGCUUAACUUGUCAAAAUGUCAAAACAUUAGUCAUAUUGGCUUAACUUCUCUUACAAAUGGUGCUCACAACUUAGAAAAGCUUAUCCUAUCAUACAGCCUGGCUGUUACUAUUGAUCUUGCAAAAUGUCUGCAAAGUUUUCCAAGGCUGCAAUUGGUUAAACUAGAUUGUAGUGUGGGUACAAGUUCAGGGUUAAAAGCCAUUGGUAAUUUGUGCGCCUCACUCAAAGAAUUGAACUUGAGUAAAUGUGUUGCAGUCACUGAUGAUAGUCUCUCAUACCUUGUGCAAAGACACAAAGAUCUAGAGAAGUUAGACAUAACAUGCUGUCGCAAGAUAACACAUGCAUCCAUAUACUGCCUAACAAAUUCAUGUUCAAGGCUCACUUCCCUUAGAAUGGAGUCUUGUAGCUUGGUCAACAGAGAUGCUUUUUUGUUUAUUGGACAGUGCCAAUUAUUGGAGGAAUUAGAUGUCACAGAUACUGAAAUUAAUGAUGAAGGGCUUGUGUCUAUCUCACGAUGUACCAAACUUUCUAGCCUGAAGUUGGGCUUAUGUUUGAAGAUAACUGAUAAUGGACUAAAGCAUAUUGCAAACAGUUGUUCAGACCUCAAACAUCUUGAUCUCUACAGGAGCUCAAGAAUAACUGAUGAGGGAAUUACUGCAAUUUCCCUUGGCUGCCCAUCACUAGAGGUCAUUAACAUUGCUUAUAACAAUAACGUGACAGAUACUUCAUUAGUGUCGCUUUCAAAAUGCCUGAAGCUAAGAACCCUGGAAAUUCGAGGGUGCCCACAAAUUUCACCAGCGGGUCUCUCAAAUAUUGCCGUCAAGUGUAGGCAUCUUGAGAUGCUGGACAUCAAAAAGUGCUAUAAAAUCAAUGAUAGUGGAAUGAUUCAAUUGGCUCAACAUUCUCAAAAUCUCAAACAGAUAAAGUUGUCAUAUUGCUCAGUAACAGAUAUGGGACUCAUUGCACUUGCUAGCAUAAGCUGCUUGCAGCAUAUAUCCAUCUUUAACUUGGAGGGCUUAACAUCAAAUGGGCUAGCAGCUGUCCUUUUAGCUUGUCAAAAUUUGACUAAAGUGAAGUUAAACACUUCCUUUCAGACAUUACUACCUCAACAAAUUCUACAAUACAUGGAAGCUCGUGGUUGUGUGCUAGUUUGGAGGGAAAAGGCAUUUGAAACUUUCAGUUUGGAAUAGAUCCAAAAAGAUGGAAGCUACAUACUGGAAGGAAUAGGUAAGCUCAAUAAGUAGAAAUAAAAGGCUUGUUAGUAUGCAGAGCCUGCCAGAAACAAAUUCAUCAAGGAUCAUACAAAUGCAAAGCUUCAGUUAUAUUGGUAAAUGGCUUCACAAAAGAUUUGAAUGCUUAUUUUUUACUGGUAAAUUUUAGUUAGGAAGUGAAAGUCCCAGGAUUUUUGGCAAGAAAGGUGUUAUGCCAAAUCUUUGUAUGGCCAUUCAGAAAUUAACAACUAAAAGUGACAAAUUGUAGCCGAUAGGCUUGUUUGUCUCAACAUAGGAGGAAGAAUGGAACAAAAACAACGGUCAAA